AUGCUGUACUUUUGGCGACAUCGUCCAGUUCCCACCAUGUAUCAUUCCUUAUCUGAAACUAGACAUCCUCUGCAGCCAGAAGAACAAGAAGUGGGCAUUGACCCUUUGUCCAGUUCCUCUAACAAGUCUGGAGGAGAUUCAAAUAAAAAUGGAAGACGAACAAGUUCUACUCUAGACUCUGAGGGGACUUUUAAUUCCUAUAGGAAAGAAUGGGAAGAACUAUUUGUAAACAACAAUUACUUGGCAACAAUAAGGCAGAAGGGGAUUAAUGGGCAGCUGAGAAGCAGCAGGUUCCGUAGCAUUUGCUGGAAGCUAUUUCUUUGUGUUCUUCCUCAAGAUAAAAGUCAAUGGAUAAGUAGAAUUAAAGAAUUAAGAGCAUGGUAUAGCAACAUUAAAGAAAUACAUAUUACAAACCCAAGGAAGGUUGUUGGCCAGCAAGAUUUGAUGAUCAAUAAUCCCCUUUCACAGGAUGAAGGGAGUCUUUGGAACAAAUUCUUCCAAGAUAAAGAACUUCGAUCAAUGAUUGAACAAGAUGUUAAAAGAACGUUUCCUGAAAUGCAGUUUUUCCAACAAGAAAAUGUGAGAAAAAUUCUUACAGAUGUUCUUUUCUGUUAUGCUAGAGAAAACGAGCAGUUGCUUUAUAAACAGGUAAUGAAAAUAUCUUACAGGUGGCAUCCAUUGACUGAAAAUUUUCUAUACAGCUUGACAAAUGAUAGAGGGAAAGAAACACUGAUGACUCCCAUCCCCUUUGCUAGACCACAGGAUUUAGGGCCAACAAUUGCUAUUGUUACUAAAGUCAACCAGAUCCAAGAUCAUCUGCUGAAGAAACAUGAUAUUGAGCUCUACAUGCACUUGAACAGACUAGAAAUUGCACCACAGAUAUAUGGGUUACGGUGGGUGCGGCUGCUGUUUGGACGAGAGUUCCCCCUGCAGGAUCUUCUGGUGGUCUGGGAUGCCCUGUUUGCAGACGGCCUCAGCCUCAGUUUAGUCGAUUAUAUCUUCAUAGCCAUGUUACUCUACAUCCGAGAUGCUCUGAUAUCUAGUAACUACCAGACCUGCCUCGGCCUUCUGAUGCAUUACCCACUCAUCGGGGAUGUACACUCACUGAUUCUUAAGGCUCUGUUCCUUAGAGACCCAAAGAGAAAUCCAAGACCGGUGACUUAUCAAUUCCACCCAAAUUUAGAUUAUUACAAAGCAAGGGGAGCAGACCUCAUGAACAAAAGCCGGACCAAUACUAAAGGUGCUCCUCUGAAUAUAAAUAAGGUCUCUAAUAGCCUGAUAAAUUUUGGAAGAAAGUUGAUUUCGCCAGCGAUGGCCCCAGGAAGUGCUGGUGGCCCUGUACUUGGGGCCCAAAGCAGUAGCUCCUCCUCUGCUGUGAUUCCCACCAGGACUUCAGCAGAGGCCCCAAGGCAUCACUUGCAGCAGCAGCAGCAGCAGCAGCAGCAGCAGCAGCAGCAGCAGCAGCAGCGGCUGAUGAAAUCGGAAAGCAUGCCGGUGCAAUUGAACAAAGGCGAUGUAGUUACAGGAAACGAUGCUCAGGUUUCUGUUCCUGUCCAGACGCUAACUGACCUCCAAGGGCAAAGUUCUAAAAACAUCAGUUCAUCUCCAAGCAUUGAGAGUUUGCCUGGAGGAAGAGAAUUCACUGGCUCCCCACCUACAUCUGCUACUAAAAAAGAUUCCUUUUUUAGCAACAUCUCCCGUUCUCGCUCACACAGCAAAACUAUGGGCAGAAAAGAAUCUGAAGAAGAAUUAGAAGCCCAAAUUUCCUUCCUUCAAGGACAGCUGAAUGACCUGGAUGCUAUGUGCAAAUACUGUGCAAAGGUGAUGGACACUCAUCUUGUAAAUAUUCAAGAUGUGAUAUUACAAGAAAAUUUGGAAAAAGAAGAUCAAAUUCUGGUUUCCCUGGCAGGAUUAAAACAGAUCAAAGACAUUCUAAAAGGUUCCCUGCGUUUUAACCAGAGCCAGCUAGAGGCCGAGGAGAAUGAGCAGAUCACCAUCGCAGACAACCACUACUGCUCCAGCGGCCAGGGCCAGGGCCAGAGCGACCAGGUGCCCGGGGCCACCAAGCAGGCCUCUUCAGAAAUGCCAGUGUGUGCAGAUAAAGGGAGCUCAGACGACUUCAUCCUGGUUUCCAAAGAAGAGGAUGGGGGCAGUGCCAGAGGGCCCUUCUCGGGCCAGGCCCAACCUCUUCGCACCCUCAGAAGCAUGUCUGGGAAAUGCCAGGCCACAGCCUGCUCCCCACUGGUGUUCUCAGACCCACUGAUGGGCCCAGCCUCAGCUUCCUCCAGCAACCCCAGCUCCAGCCCUGAUGACGACAGCAGCAAGGACUCUGGCUUCACCAUCGUGAGCCCCCUGGACAUCUGAUCGCUGUGCCCCAGUCCUGCCUCACAGGGAUCCAGCCUCCCCCUCAGUGGCCCAAGGCCAGGCUGAGGCUCCCCCAGUGGAGACACCUCUGAAACCGAUGCUUCUUCCCAGCAUGCAUUUGGCAUUGGUACAGCCCAUUGGAACCCUUUAGAGAGAAGCAAAUAUGGCCACAAAGCACAGACUUACCUUCAACAAAAUGCAGACAGGGCUCUCUAGGCCCUUACCUAACCCUUACCCACUCUUGCUCUGAGUGAGAGCUGGAUUAAGUACUCAGUAUCACACUCACAAUCAGGAAAGACCAAGCAAUUAGAAUUAUUUCUCUGCCCCCUUCUCCCUGACUAAGAGGGUAUGGCAACUCCAUUGAUUAUAUUAAUAUUUAGAAAAAGGAGGAAGAAUUGGUUUCAAAUCUUCCCUGCCUCGAAGCAUCAGGCAUAGGAAAAUUGGUUGAUACCAAGAAGCUUCCUCUGUGGGAAUCUAUGUCUCAACCUACCUGAUUCCCACACUGGGAAGCCAUAUAGCAGAGCCAAAUGCCAUAGAAGGAACUAGAGCCAGUGGAUUCUAGGGCUGGAAAAAACCAUUACUGACCUCUCAAAGUUAUCAUGAUCUUUAGAAACAAACUCAACUUAGGAAUCAUAUUUAUGUGUGAUGUGGUGUUAGAUCUUUUUUUGAUUUGUUAAAGAAUACAUUCCCAGUCCUCAGGCUGAAUUGACUUUGGCCAUCACUGUCCCUCCUUAAACAAUUAUAUUUCACCUGUUAGAAUCGUUCACAGCCAGAAAACAUGGUCACUUUAAGCCAGUCUUUGCUGCACUGGUUUCAAAAGUUGUAAGAAUAUUACUAUCCUUGAACUGGAAAAUGUGACCCUGACUUGAUGGGAUAAAUAUCUUUCAGAUAGUAAAUUUUCUGGUUAAGUUUCUCUAGGUUCGGCGCUGUACAUACCGAUCAACUGAUGAGUAAAGGGAAAACCCAAGCUCAUUCCCAUCCAGAGUCCGAAUCCCACCCUGGCCUUAAGAUAGCAGGAAGAGGGAAUUAGACCUGGAGUCCUUCUGUGGUAACAAGGCUUCCUAGACGACAUUCCAGAUGCCAGGAGGAUGCAGGGUUUGUACACAGCCCCUUCCCUUGCGGGGAGCCAAGUGCGGGAGCUGCAGGGCCUGUGCUCAGCUCUGAACUCUGUCCUGGGCGCCACUGCCGGGACCAGGUCUGACGUGCCGGUGCCUCCUUGGGCUUCUGUGCAGAUUAGAGAGUCUCCCUCUUGACAGUCAGAAGCUUAGGAAACCAUGGUGGGCACAGAGCAUCACAUGAGCUGUUUCUGUCCUUAAAGGAGGAGCUCCCUGGAAAGGACGCUUCGCUCACCUUUGCCUGAGCAGGAAUGAGACAGGAAUGGGUGGGCACUGCAGGUAGACACGGUACCUGCUUCUCCUUCAGGCAGAGCAGCCCUUGCUGGCAACAGCUGGCUCUUUGAGCCUCUCCUGAGAGGACAGGCCUCUGGCAGUGGAAGCUUCAGAAUAACAAAUGAAAGCUAAGUGUGAGGGAAUUGACGCCAUGUCUGUCCUUCCCACUGCUAACCGUGUUUCUAUACAGACAAAUGCGACAAUGACAUGAUUUCCCUCUCACUGUCCAAGAAAAUGGUGAUGACUCUCGAGUCAGCUACUACAGAGAGGGUUCUAAUUAGCUCUGCAAUUUGUCCUUAAACUCAAGCAGGGAAAUCUCCUCUGACCGCAUCAGUGUGUAAGGAUGAGUAACAGCUCUGGUUUUGCCAGACAGCGGGGUUGUCUGGCCUCCCACGAUUGGGCAACUGCUCGGCAGAUGCGCUAAUAGCUCCCUGGCUCCUGGCUGAGUUGUCCUCUCAGCACCUCUGAGCUGCUGCCAAGUACAUGUCCGUGUGAUGACACUUUGUGAGCUCCAGGGCCCCCAUGCAGUGAGUGGCCUUAGAACUGUUCAGGGGUUGCCAUUGGAUACUUUCUCACAAAGGACUUCGCUUGGGAAGGUGUCGGUGUUUUCAGGUCUAAGGUAAGAAGUGUGGAGCUGUCCCCUCUAGAACAGAGACUGGAAAGGACCACAGAACUGCCACCUUCUGGCAGCCGGGCACUGUUGUCUGCGCACCUCUAGCAUUUCCUCUGUCCUGAGAGGUAGAGUCAUGAUCGCUGAGUGUCACUGGCCACACGAGAGUCACUGGCACCCACCAUGCCAGUAAGGCUCUCGGCUGGUUCCCUGUGGUUGGCUGGGUGUUCAGUAGUCACCGAGCACUCCCAGCCCUGCCCACGCGCCAGGGGCAGGUCCUCUCCAUCCUGCGCUGCUGUGUAGGUGCCACGUGCGGACGGUGGGUUCACUCAGCGGUGUUUCUGUGGCCCCGGCAGGCGCCUCCCUCCUUGGAGGAGAGAGACCCGCAAGGGCAGUGGACACAGGCAGUUCCCACAGGUUCACGCUCAGAGAAUCGUAUUGCUGUCCUGUCUUUUCUAAGUGACGUUUUUUUAUUCUUCAUAGUUGAACAUUG